CCCACCCCUCACAUCUGCACAGUUGUGUUCCCUCCUCACUGCCACCACUCUCAUUAAAAGCUUUUCAGUCCCAUCACACUUGGUGCUACAGGAACACCGAGCCUCUUCUCUCAAGGCAGGCAAGCAGUGAAAGUGGCACAGGAUGCAGACUGCAGCCUUGGUGGGCAUAAUAUCUGCCCUGGCUCUGGCUCUGGCUGUUCCACUGAAGGAAGAUGGAAAGAAGAAGGAGAAGCACAGAUCUGCCACUUAUGACAGCCUGGAUUUAGGCAACUAUGACCUCAACCUAGACAACUAUGGAGAGGUCAUCGAUCUCAGUAACUAUGAAGAGAACUAUGAUUACGGGGACCUGGCAUCAAAGAUUGAGGUUGGCACCCUGCCUCCUCCUACCAAGAACUUGGUGGGGCCUCUGAGCACAACAACUGGGGCAACUGAAAUUCCACAAAAGAGCCCACCAACAUCCACGGCUGCCAGGCCUCAGGGACCAGGCCUGUUUGGGUCCAUAACAGAUCAGGGUCUUCCCACCUGUUUGGUCUGUGUGUGCAUCAGCACCUCUGUGUACUGUGAUGACUCUGAUCUAGAACACAUCCCAACUCUGCCCUUGGAGACCACAUAUUUCUAUGCCCGCUUCAACCACAUCAGCAAGAUUCAGGCCAGUGACUUCACCGGACUUGCAAAACUGAAACGAAUUGACCUCACGAGCAACUUUAUUUCCUGGGUGGAUGAAGACGCUUUCAGGACGCUGCCUUCCUUGCAAGAGCUUGUCCUCCCUGAAAACCAAUUGACUUCCCUGCCCGAGUUGCCCAGUUCCAUUGUGCAGCUGGAUGCCCGCUUUAAUGCAAUCCAGAGUGCAGGCAUUCAACCGGAAGCCUUCAAGGAUCUGAAGAAGCUGGAAUUCCUUCAUCUGUCUGACAACAAACUGGACUACAUCCCCAUGCCGCUGCCUGAGAGACUGAGGUCUUUGCAUCUACAGAACAACAACAUCCAGACCAUGCACGUAGACACGUUCUGCAACAGCAGGGACCACAGCCACAUCCGCCGGGCUCUGGAGGACAUCCGCUUGGACGGCAACCCCAUCAACCUGAGCCUCUUCCCCAGUGCUUAUUUCUGCCUGCCUCGCCUGCCCACAGGCCGCUUCUACUGAAUGGAGCAGCAACCAUUCACCUCCAGCUGGCACCAUAAGCCUAAGGGGAACAGAUUUCAAGAGAAAGUGACCCUGGUAUGAAUUUCACUGCCAGGAAGAUAGUGAUGCUGCUGGACUGCUCCCUUGGACUGCCUCCUCUUUCUCACUUUUUCAACUUAGUCCUUCUCAUUUACUUGAGUAUAUCUGGUGCUGGGCUGCAUAAGCACCAUUAAUCCUUGAUCUGCCAGUGCUGGGAAGAAGAAUCAAUGACUCUAGUGCUAUUUUAAAAAAAUUAAGCAUUCACUCAGUACAUCUUCUUCUCCUUCUCCUUUAAUCCUAAUGUGCAACUGUCAAGAUACUUGCUAGAAAAGAUUGACAGAUCAAUUGAGGUUCCUUUUCUGAGACUCCACCUUGCAAUUUCCUUUCCAUGAAGCAACGGCUCUGUGCUGCUUUUUGACUUGGCAUCCUAUUCUAAAGCAUCUUCUUCAAGAUUCACAACUAGUCCAGUUCUGGAUCCCUGGGUUGCUCUGUAGCUGACCUUCCAUUCUUGAUUCCCCACCAUCACAACCAAACUCGCCCAGCCUGACACCACCACCUGCUGCUAUUGUAGUUUGGGGACUUUUUGCACUUUUGCAGAUGCCCCCUCUGAAUCCUGACCUUUCGACCCUCUUUAUUCUGGCAGAGUAUCUGCUGCAUAUUAAUUGUGCUGCACAAUAACACAGCCUUUUGUGCAAAUCAGGGCCUCUCGUGGAGGAUGCAGCUGGUGUGCUUCCAAGCCCACAUGUAGGCUUGGAUCAACACACAGGAGAAUUUGUCUAAGGCUCAGAUAUUACAGAAUCAGGACAAUGUGGGAUGUCUUUGCUGGUCCCAGGCACACCAUCCUUCCCUUCUGGAUUUGAGCUUGAAGGACCAAGGAAAAAGGGAGGGAUGCAUGAAGGGUAAGUUGUAAGAAAGCACAGUUUGUAACAUUGCACAACAUUGUGGUUGAUGGAGGGGCCCAGCUAUUAAGGUGUCAACCUUGACUUCUAAUUUCCUGGUUUUGUUGAGUUUGAGUCAACUCAGGACUUAAACCAGCAUAUAUAUUUUUAAUCCUUUAA